AUGUUGAUGCGAGUCACGCAAGGCAAAGGCCGGAAGGCUCCGAAGGAAGAGGUGAGCCUGCGAGACAUCGACCCUGUGCAGUUCCAGGUGGUGAUUCGAGGCAACAGUUCUCCACUGGAGACGUUAGACCAAAAGCAGACUUACAUGAGAUUGCAUCCGGGAGCAAUUUAUCUCAACCAGCAGACUUCCUACUUUGUGGAAGAGCUCGACUUGACCAAGAAGAUCGCGUGGGUGAUCCCAAGGGAUUCCAGAAAGAUCGAGUACUACACCGAAUGCCGUGAGCACGCCAUGAUCAAUUUGGCUGGGGGUGGUUCGGCCCGGGCUGCCGUCCUGCCGCGUGCGGCCGGAGCUGAGGUGCUUUCAGUCGGAGGUCUAAGAGAGGGCUGA